CAACAGCUCAGUUGAGUUUACGGUCCUGUUCCUCUGGUACGGCGCCAUCAGCAGGUGGCACUUUCGUCUAUAAGAGCACGGCCUGGUAGCAUGUCUAGAGACAACGACCUAAAGUGACCCUAACACCACAGUCAGAGACAGAGUAAAUGCAUAAACUGCGGAGCCUCUCUGUAGCCAAAGUGGCUAAAGUUUUCAGCAGAUUGUCUACAAGACUAAAGAACACUGCAGGAAGACCUUCAGCUCCACUGGGUUCACGGAUUCUGACCAAUCCUGAUGACAUCUUUAAGCACAACAUGUGGGAUCAUGUACAGUGGUCAGAAGAGGACAAAGAAAAUGCACAGCAGAAGGCACAAGAAAAUUCCUGUGUGAAAAUUCCUUUAAAUGAACAAGGUAAAUUUGACACAGAAGCUUACCAGUACUGGGACAAGUUUUAUGAGAUGCACCAGGAUAAGUUCUUCAAAGAUCGCAAGUGGCUGUUUUUAGAAUUCCCAGAACUGCUUCCUUCGGAUACAAAAUACCAAGCCACAACCAGAUGUCAUCAUCAGGCGGAAAUCCUGCUACCUAGUGAAUCCAACAUGGACUCAGAGACCAGACACCAUCAACACAGUGGCACAACUCACUAUCGCAGACACGCCCCUGAUUGUCAGAAGGCCCGUCAAGGAGCAUCACUGGAAAACAAUGAAGAUGCCACUCAAACUUCUACUUUCCCUGGACAACAUGCAUCUUUCAGGAUCUUGGAGGUUGGAUGUGGGGUUGGUAACAGUGUAUUUCCCAUUGUUAAUUCCAUAAAAGGAACAGAUGCAUUUUUAUACUGCUGUGACUUCUCCCCACGUGCCAUUCAGGUGGUCAAGGACCAUCCAGACUAUGAUGACUCUGUGUGUCAUGCCUUUGUCCAUGACAUUUGUGAGGAGAUGGCCUCCUUUCCCUUUCCUCCUCAGAGCCUGGAUGUUAUUCUAGCAGUCUUUGUGCUCUCCUCCAUUCAUCCGGAGCGAAUGCAAGGAGUCGUGGGGAGACUAUCUACAUAUUUGAAACAUGGAGGGAUAUUUCUCUUCCGUGAUUAUGGGAGAUAUGACUUCUCACAACUCAGGUUUAAGAAGGGACGCUGCUUAUCAGAGAACUUCUACACACGUGGAGAUGGAACCUGUGUUUAUUUUUUCACAAAAGAAGAGGUUCAUGAUUUAUUUUCCAGUGCUGGACUGGAAGAAAUUCAGAAUCUGGAGGACAGGCGACUACAAGUGAACAGAGGAAAGAAAGUUGCAAUGCACCGUGUUUGGAUGCAGAGCAAGUACAGGAAAUCAUAUCAACCUCCACCAUCUUAA